AUGCGGCAAUAUCUUAUUUUAGCUGAUUUUCUUAGUGGAUUCAAAGCAAGAGAAUAUUCCAUCUACGAUCAGACAGGCCAACAUCUUCAAUAUCGGAUUGAGUCAAGAUAUCAUAUUCUACAAACGAUUGAAUUAAUUGCUUAUCCAAGAAAGAAUGUUACCGGUAAACUUCAAGCUCAUAUAAACCCUUUCGAAUAUGAAGCAGAUUUUGAAGUUUAUGAUGAUCGUAAACAAAAAUGGUCGAAAGGUUCUAUUAAGCAACAUUGGCAAAUAUUUGGAAGUAAUUUUACAAUUAAAUGGAAUGAUCAUUUAUUGUUGAUGGAAACUAAAUCUUUGACAUCUACAACAAAUAUUUUUGAUACCGAAAACAAAUACAAUCUUUUGGCUAGAUUUCAACUACGCCGAAAACCAUUUACUUGGAUUAGCAAACAUGAUAUGGAAAUCUAUUCAAAUGCAAUACCGGAUGCUGUCUAUCUGCUAGGUUUAGCAGCCAAGGAUGGUCUUGACCGGAGAAAGAGUGGAUAGGAUCAAUGGACACGAGUCAUCACUCAAUGCAUUCGUUUAUUAUUUGUUCUUUUCAGACAUCAACAAUAAUUAAUCGCAUUUAAUUUCUUAAUAUAAUCGAUAAUCUCUUUUUGAGACGAGAAUCAGAGUAAAACAAAAAGAUGAUCUCCGUAUCUUUUUAGACGUUUCUUACCUUCAUUCAUUCUUAACAACGAAAAAGAUCUAGUACGAAUGAUAUACACUACUCGUUGCUGUUCCAAAAUAUCUUUUAAUGCUUUCUAUUUCAACCUCACUCUCACUUAGAAUUUGGAUCGGUAUCACCCGGAUGUUAUGAUCAGGAUCAGUACUUUGAAAAGAAAAAAAAAUUAACAUAUUAUUUUCUAUCACAUACUUCUAUUUUCGUAAAAAUCAAGUUUUGUUUUAAAUAUGAUUUCAAUAGUUUUCACAAGGAAGCUAUGCUAUAUACUUUAAUAAUUCAAGAAAUAGUCUAUUUUUAAUCUAGAUAGUUUGAACUUAUCAGCAAUACGAGUGUAGAAAAGUCAGUUGUUGGAAUGAGUUGGCUGCAAAUACUUUUGUCGAUGUUCGACAUUCUUUCUGUAAUUAGAAAAAGUAAAUUAGAUAAUAUAUUGUAAAUGGACUGUUUUUGCAUCAAAUCUAUCGAACUAAUAUAUUCAAUAGUGAAGACAUUUAGAGUAUUAGUUAAAUAUUUUCUUUGAAAAGUAGCAAAUUACCGAGGGCAUCGUGUUGCACAACGAUAUUUUAUCUUUUCAGCAAAGCCAUGGACUGAUGAUUCUGAACCACAAUAAUCUGAAUCACCUGUACAUAAAAAUUCUUCACAAUGAGCAGCGUCUUUUUAUUUAUAUAUGUCUACUGGAAUUAUAACAGCCUGGGGUGUGAGUGUUGACGGCUUUCUAGCUGAGGAGAAAACCCACACUCCACUUCCAUCCAACACCCACACCCUGUGGGUGUGUACAGGUGUAGGUGUGGGAUGGGCGUCGGCGUGGGGUAUGGGUUUUCUCCUCAGCUAGAAAGCCGUCAACACCCACACCCGCACCCGUACCCACACCCACAACCACACCCACAUCCGUACCCACCCACACCCACACCCACACCCACACCCACCCACACCCACACCCACACCCACACCCACCCA